CCAAAUAGUUAUAAGAUACUGAUCUGGUUUUGUUAAAUAAUAUGGCUCCUACACUUCCUUCCAAACCUGGUGGUUCUUCCAAUCAGCACCAGAGAAACAAUUACAAUUAUAACAAUAAUUACAACAAUAGUAAUAGAAAUUAUCCAGCGAACAAUUAUAAAAACUAUCCAUAUAAAGGGUAUAAUAGCCAAAAUAAGGAUUCAGGUCAACAUAAACCAGUACCCAGGGGCCCCAGUAGUAACAAUAAUACUACUUUUAGUUCCAACAUUAACAAUAACAACAAUAAUAACGGUGGUAAUAAUUCUACCAAUUCUAAUAAUGCAAACAAUGCAAGUAUUAGUGCUGAUAAUGAUGCAGUUAGCAGUUCUAGUAUGGUGAUUGAUUCAAAGCCCUCAACUGCUAAUGCAACAAUGAACGAUAGUGAUUUAAUGUCAGAUAAAAAUAGAUCUAGUAAUAAAGAUGAUAGCGAGAAUAAAAACAAUGAACUUGAAUAUUUUAAUAAGCUUCAAAAGGAAAUUAAAUCAUUGAAUGAAGAUGAAUUAUUGGACUCUCAAUUAGCACGAUUGGAUGAUUCAUUUAAUACGUCAAUAGGGUUAUUAGAUUUUGUGCUUGAAGAUAUUCAAAAUGAGAUAAAAGCUAAAAAUGAGGAUAAAACGGAUAGCACAAAAGAUAAUAAUAACAGUUCAAGUGAAAAUAAAAAAGUUGAAUUUAAAAAAAAAUUAAUAUCAAAAAAUAGAGAAAUUUUUUUAAAAUCGUUUUUAUUGAACAAUUCAUUGAAUAACAACCCUAAUAACUCAUUGCAAAAUAAAAUUAAUAAAAUUAACGAUAUUGAUAUUCCAAAAUUAAAUAAACUAGUUUUAACGUCAAAAAAGAAUAAUGAACUUGAGAUUUUAAAUUAUGAUAAUUAUUUAUUUGAAAAAAAUUCAAUUGAACCUUUACAGAAAAAGAAAAACUCGUUACUUUUAUCUUUAAACUCCAAUAAACAAAAUAUUCCAAGUCUAAAUGAUGUAAGUAUUGAUAUCAAAGUAGAAGAUAUUAUAAAUGACGAUACCCCAAAUGAUACCUCGAAUGAUAUCUCAAAUAAUAUCUCAAAUAAUAUCUCAAAUAAUAUCUCAAAUAAUAUCUCAAAUGAUGAUAUUCCAGAUAAUUUCAAUAAAGAUAUCGAUAAGAAAGAUGAUAAUAACAAUAUAAAUGAAGAAGAGUUGUUGUUAGAACUCAGCACAAAAAGAAAUGAACGCUAUUUGAACGAGCUAAAAUCCCAUCAACGAGAGAAAAUUAAAUACGCAUUGUUAAAUGAUAUUUUGUUGAAGGAAAAAGUGUCAAUGUUAAAAGAAAAUGAGAAAUGGUUUGAAAGAUAUAAUAAGAUACUAAGGUUUUUGAAUAAUGACUUGAUCAAGUUCAAUAAAGAAAUCAAUUACAUAAACAGCGAAUUGUCAAGCGAGGAUCAAAGAAAAAAAGAAAUGGAAGAGGAAGUCAAUAAUGACAACGGUAAUGAAGACGAGGAUCUCAACCAGGAAGACGAAGACGAAGCUGAAGAUGACAGAGAUAUGGAGGGGGAAGAAGACGAGGAUGUCACUAUGGAGGCUCUUGAUGUUGAUGCUGAACAGAGCAGUGACAACCUAAGCUCAGCUGGCGAGAGUGGGAACACCCAGCCCGAUACCCAGGAGAACGACAGACACAAGCAUGUAGUUCAGACAGACACAGCAAUUGAAGACUGAGCCCAAAGGUAGAAUCUCAAAACACUGCCUACAAAAACACAUCAAAAACUGUCGAAAAUUACCAAAAACCCAUCGAAAAUGAAUGGGCAUUAUAUCGUCUUCUCCAAAAAAGGAAACUUCCUCAUUUGGACAAUUAAACUGCUCACGUGCAUUCCAUUUUGAGCAUUCCCCUUUCAGGUAUCUUGCACAAACGCA